AUGGAGGUUGAGGAGGAGCAGGGCGGCUGCUCUUGCUCGUCGAAUGGCGUUGGCGCGUUGGCGGAGGCGGCGGUCGACGCCGUCUACGGGGCGCUCGUGGCGGCGACGCUCGAGGAGUGGGCUGGCGCGAGCACGGACAACCCCGUCUCCGUGGCGGACGCUCGAGGCCCAGGCCUCGAGUGUCAGCAGUGCUUUGGGAGCUUUUACGACGAGUUUGGCGUGGAGCCGUGGCUGUGGCGCCGGGCGAUACGUGAGGGCUGGUCGGAGCUGGGCGGGGGCUGGUCGGGAGAGGAGAUGGAGGCGGCGGAGAAGGAGAUAUGGCGCGGCGAGAGUUCUGAGAUCUCUCAGCUAGGCGAGUGGGUCUGCGAUGCUUGCCUGGAAGGCUUUUUGGGGGGUGGCUUCGGCGACUACUCGGAGCUGCGCAGCGGCUACGGGAGGGAGGGUUGGGAAGGGGGGGCGAGGCCGGAGGAGUAUGACGGCCUCUUCGACGGCCCAUAA